GGGCGGACUGACCAUUUGGAAACUCGGGCACUGCCUGAGGGCCCGGGGUCAGUAGGGGGCCCCAUAAGAUGCCCCUGGUAUCUAUUUUUCAUAGGCUUUUUUGAUUUUGGGCAAGGACACAGGGGCCCCAUGAUCCCUUAUUGCCUGGGGGCCCCAUGAGUUGUCAGUCCGCCCCUGAUCUCAACCAUAUCUGAAAGGUUCAUGUUGACAAAGAUUGUCCUGCAUUUGACUUGAGGGCAUGGGGUCAGUAGGGGGCCCCAUGAAAUGCCCCUGGUACCUUUUUAUAGGCUUUUUGGGUGUGCUUUGAGUGUGGGCAAGGACAGGGGCCCCAUAAAAUAUUGCCCGGGGGCCUCAU